AUGUCUCUAAUCAUCGAAGAUGGAGUCAGAUCCUUCCUGCAAGCAAAGUGGCUACUUUCGGCGCUUCUGGCAUACAUAAUCUGGAUCACGGCCAUCUAUCCUUUCCUGCUAUCACCAGUGAAGCACAUACCAGGGCCAUGGUAUGCUCGCAUCUCGAAGCUUCCUCUAGGCUAUGCAACGUUUCAAAAGCGACGAACGGAGUAUGUCACAAGUAUUCUCAAUCGUUAUGGCCCGGUCGCUGUGAUCGCUCCUGAUCAGAUACACACUACAGAUGAUGUAGCCAUGAAGGCUAUCUACGAUAAAACGGCAAUCAAAACGUCUUUCUAUUCAUCCAUGGGCCGAUGGAAGGGCGUCACGUCUACACUAGGCUUCUUGGACUAUGCAUCAGCAGCGCCUUCGCGUAACAACCUCAUACAAUGCUUCCAAAACAAGAACCUUGCAACUCUCGUAGAGAACAUCCAGUCUCACGUUGAGGAUUUUUUGAAGCUGAUUGAUGAGAAGACGAAAAAGAACGAGGCAGUCGAUGGCGUUGUAGUCUUCCGAUUGCUUGCUUUGGACAUAGUCACAGAUGUGCUCUGGGGCGAGAGAGAUCGACUGUUACACAACUAUCAAGAAGACCAGUCCCCAAUUUUCAUCCAACGAUUCCAUGCAUUCAGCACAUGGAAUGCCAUGAAAAGCUUCAUCCCAGGAUCCGACACGUACGUCAAGUACCUGGGCAACAAAAAGUGGAAAGGCCUACGUGAUAGUUGUAACGACAUGGACCUCACAGCCAAGGAUGCAUUACGGCGCUGGGAAGCCAGCAAGGACGAUAUCAACCGAGAGAAGGACGUACUCUCCAUGUUACAGUCGAUGAACAACAAAGCAGUUGCUGUUCCGACAGAGGACAUUCCAGCAUACAUGGUAGAAAUGCUGGCGGCUGGCUCGUCAACAACAUCGCACACCGCGGCAUUUGCUUGCUGGUUGUUAGCUCGCCACCCAAAAGUUCAAGAUAAGCUGUACAAGGAGCUCUCUGUCACCUUUGGAGAUCGCAGCAAACUUGACAUCAGGCUUGCUAUGGACCUUCCACUCCUAGAUGGAAUCAUCCGAGAGACAAUGAGAAUGUACCCCAUGAUACCGGGCCCGCUCGAGAGACAUCUGGGUAAGGAUCUCAAAAUCUCAGGUUACUUGGUGCCAAAGGGCGUUAUUGCCUCCACCUCGGCGUUGAAUCAAGGCCAGCUAGAUUCUGUGUAUCCUCAGCCUAACCAAUGGCUACCAGAGCGCUGGAUUGAUGCUGAUGAGCGUAUGAAACUCAAUUGGAUACCUUUUGGGACUGGUUGUCGAUCCUGUCCAGGUUCUAAUCUUGCUUUGACCGAACUCAAAUAUAUGAUGGCGAUGAUCAUAUUGAACUUCAUUUCAGUGGUUCCGGAUAACAUGGAGAAUGACGAGUUACAUUUAGCAGACGUUUUUGCUGCCGGAUCGAAGUCAGGACACUGUUGGCUGAAGUUCGAGCGACGUGUGGUCGAACCCUAA